AUGAGCGAGGAAGCGGUGGCUCCUUUUCCCGGAGAAAGACCCCCGGCCAGCCCGUCCCGCUCCCGGAGAGGCCCCCGGACCGUCACCGCCGGGCCCUGCGUGCGAGGAGUCGAAAUGCGCAUUGGUCCCUGCCCCGUCCAGAAGACCAGAGCGUGGAGUCCGGCCCCCUGGACCGUCCCCCCGUUCCUGCUCCCCUGGGCCUUGUUCCUUCUCCUCCUCCUCCCGCCAGCCGGCACCCUGGAGCCCACACCGCUACCUUUCCCAGAAGUGAGGCUGGCGAGCGGGCGGAGCCGGUGCCAGGGCCGCGUGGAGAUCCUGCACAACGGCUCCUGGGGCACCGUGUGCGACGACGACUGGGACCUCGUGGACGCCAACGUGGUGUGCCGCCAGCUGGGCUGUGGGCACGCUCUCCCCGUGCCCACGGCCCUGAUGUUCGGCCAGGGCCGGGGGCCCAUCCUGCUGGACAACGUGGACUGCAAGGGGCGGGAGGCCGCCCUGAGCGAGUGCGGGAGCCACGGCUGGGGCGUCCACAACUGUUAUCACUACGAGGACGUGGCGGUCGUGUGCAACGAGCUGCUGCCCACCCUGGUGGGAAAAGUGUUGACCAGCAGAGCGACCCCCACCGUGCUGCUGAAUGGGAAAGGUGACGGCAGCCUCCGCCUGGCCAGGGGCGGCACGCCGUGCCAGGGCCGCGUGGAGAUCCUGUACCGGGGCACGUGGGGCACCGUGUGCGACGACGACUGGGGGCUGCCCGACGCCGCCGUGGUGUGCCGCCAGCUGGGCUGCGGCCGGGCGCUGGCCGCCAAAACCAACGCCUACUUCGGCUACGGCACCGGCCUCAUCGCGCUGGACAACGUGCACUGCGAGGGCGGGGAGCCCCGCCUGGCCGCCUGCCACAGCCUGGGCUGGGGCAUCCACAACUGUGGCCACCACGAGGACGCCGGCGUCGUCUGCUCCGGUGCGGGCGCCGUGGAAUACCCCUUCCCCGGCCCGUGGACACGGGCCCCGGGCGAGGCCCCGGCAGCCCCCCACGCCCCAAAAGUACCCCCAGAGUAUCCCGGUUCAUGCCCGUACCAAUCGAUCCGUUCGUGUUUAUUGUAUGCGGGGCACUGGGCUACGCAAGUGGGUGAGUCAGGUGGCAGCCUGCGGCUGGUGAACGGGAACGGCAGCUGCCAGGGCCGUGUGGAGGUGUUGCACCCGAGCGGCUGGGGCACCGUCUGUGACGACGACUGGGGCUUCCUGGACGCUCAGGUGGCCUGCCGCCAGGCGGGCUGCGGGCCGGCGCUGGGGGCCACCGUCCUGGGCUACUUCGGCUACGGCACCGGCCCGGUCCUGUUGGACAACGUGGACUGUACCGGGCGCGAGGCCAGGCUGGGCGACUGUUUCCACCUGGGCUGGGGCCAGCACAACUGCGGCCACCACGAGGAUGCGGGCGUCAUCUGUCUCGGACCGGAGGAGGCGGGAGAUCGUGUCGGAGAGGAGGGCCCUGAGGUGACGACGGCGGCCGUCCCCCCUCCCAGAGACGGCCACCUGCGCCUGGUGAACGGCAGUCACCGCUGUGAAGGCCGCGUGGAGCUGUUCCUGCACCGGCAGUGGGGCACGGUGUGUGACGACGCCUGGGACCUGCGGGCCGUGCGGGUGGUCUGUCGCCAGCUGGGCUGCGGCCGGGAGCUGGAGGCCCGCGGGGAGGCCCGCUUCGGCCCCGGGGCCGGCCCCAUCCUCCUGGACAACGUCAAGUGCAAGGGGGACGAGGCGGCCCUGCUGCGGUGCUCCCACAUCCGCUGGGACGUGCAUAACUGUGACCACUCGGAGGACGCGGGGGCUCUCUGCCGCCUCCGGUGAGGCCCUCAGAGCCCCCGCUGACCCUCCAGAGGGGAAGGGGCACCCCAGCCCCCGUCGGGGUUGGGAUGGUCGAAUGGAGGCAGCCCUCUCUUGGGUGACCGGAGGUUAGGCUGGGGGUAGCGGGUGAGCCGUCCAACCCCUGCCCGCUGCCCCAUCUGUCUCUGGAAGGGCCCCGGAUGGGACAGGGAGUCCUGACAGGGUGUGGGGGGAGAUCCGGAGCGUAG